AGCAACCUUCCAGGCUCUCGGGCUGAAGCACACACACCAAACGAUGAUACACAAGAACACGCCAUCCAUCAACGGUAUGCUGGAAACCGUCUCCAAGUACGUGAAGGUCACUCCUUUGGUUGUUAAAACGGUAUCUGCCGCCGAAUUCCAGAAGCUCAGACCUGGAGUGUCAAAGUAUUUCUUGUCGCCGGGAGGUCAACUCAUUGUUAAUGAGGAUGCUAAAUAA